AUGGCAGCCCGCAGUGCCAUCAGACCGUCCCAGAGUGCCGUAGCUGCAACCGCCUCCAGGCACUUCGCUGGAAAAACUACACCAAGUGGAGGUCAGUGGCAGGCUGUUGAUGGCUGCACUGCGACCUGUCAUGUGUCCUAUGCUAUGACGGAUACCUCCUACAUCUUCCCUAUUACUCCCUCGUCCCCUGCUGCUGAGCUCGCUGAGCAGUGGUCAGAGCUCGGAGUUAAGAAUGCCUUCGGCGAUGUUGUGAAGAUCACGCAGAUGCAGUCCGAAGCUGGUGCUGCUGGUGCCCUUCACGGUGCUUUGGCUGCUGGUUCGUUGGCGACUACUUAUACUGCCAGUCAAGGUCUCCUCCUUAUGGUUCCCAACAUGUACAAAAUAGCUGGUGAACUUCUCCCUUGCGUUAUGCAUGUGGCCGCCAGAGCCCUUGCUGGUCAGUCCCUGUCCAUUUUCGGUGAUCAUCAGGAUGUCAUGGCCGUUCGUCAGACCGGUUUCGCCAUGAUCAACUCUGACACUGUGCAGGAGUCGCACGAUAUGGCUCUCAUUGCCCACUUGGCCACCCUUCGUGCUCGUGUGCCCUUCGUCAAUUUCUUCGAUGGCUUCCGCCUUUCCCACUGUAUCGAGAAGAUUGACACCAUGCCUUACAACGACAUGCGCAAGCUGAUAGACAUGAAGGCCCUCAAUGACCACCGUUCCCGUGCUCUUAACCCCAAUCGCCCCUACGUUCGCGGCACUAACCAGAACCCUGACGUAUAUUUUCAGCAGUUUGAAGCAUCUAAUGCAUUCUAUGAUAGGGUUCCCCAGAUCGUUAAGGAGGAGAUGAACCGGGUUGGCGCUGUUACUGGUCGUCACUAUGACCUCUUCCAGUGGACUGGUCCUCAAGAUGCCGACACUGCCAUCGUCGUUCUUGGCUCUGGCGCUAGUGUGGUUGAGGAGACUUUGCCGACUCUCAACGCACAGGGCAAGAAGGUCGGUGUAUUGAAGCCCCGUCUCUAUCGUCCUUGGUCUGCUGAAGACUUCCUCAAGGCGUUGCCCCAGUCUGUUAAGCGCAUUGCCGUCCUUGAUAGGACUAAGGAGCCUGGUUCCCUUGGAGAGCCUCUUUACUUGGAUGUUGCCAGUACUAUUCAGGAGUCUAACCGCUCGAACAUCAAGGUGAUCGGUGGCCGCUGGGGUCUCGGACAGAAGGAGUUCACUCCCAAGUGUGUUGCUGCUGUUGCUGACAAUCUUUAUGCUCAAUACCCCAAGGAUCACUUCACUGUGGGGAUCGAGGAUGAUGUGACUCACCGGUCUCUUCCUCUUACUGAUGAGAUCAACGUGUCUCACCCCAAGACCGUUGAGUGCCUCAUCUACGGUUAUGGUUCAGAUGGUACUGUUGGUGCCAACAAGAACGCUACCAAGAUCAUUGGUGAUAACACCGACCUCUAUGUCCAGGCAUACUUCGCUUAUGGUUCACAGAAGGCUGGUGGUUUGACUAUGUCUCAUCUGAGGUUUGGUCCUGAGCCUAUCAAGUCCUAUUACUCAGUUCAGCACGCUGAUUAUGUCGGAUGCCAUAACCCCACUUAUCUCGAGAUGUAUCGUAUGACCGAGCACCUUAAGCAGGGCGGUACCUUCUGCUUAAACUCUCCUUUCGAUUCAGUGGAAGAGUGGAACAAGCACGUCCCCGCUGGUGUUCGUAAGGCCCUCGCUGAUAAGAAUGCUAAGGUCUUCAACGUCGAUGCUUUCAAGGUUGCUCAGGAGUGUGGUAUGGGCCGUAUGAUCAAUGUUGUUAUGCAGUCCGCCUUCUUCAAGCUCUCCAAGGUUAUGGGCUUUGAAGAGAGUAUCGAACUGUACAAGAAUACCAUUAGGAAGAGUUAUGGUCAUCGUGGCGAGGCUGUUGUCCAGAAGAACUACGAGAUGAUUGACAAGGCUCUUGAUGCAAUCACUGAGAUCAACGUUCCCGCUGAGUGGAAGAAUCUCUCUGACCGCAUGCUCAACUACGAGCAGACCUACGAUAACGCUAUCGGAAUGCUGGCUAAGGACGAGGCAUACCAUAUGAACACCGCUGAGUUCACCAAGAAUAUUCAGGCCCCUAUCGCUCUUCUCAAGGGUGAUGAUAUUCCUGUCAGUGCUUUCGCCUCUGAUGAGUUGGUUGGCGGUAAGGUCCCUCUAGGAACCUCUAAGGUUGAGAAGCGUGGUGUUGCUCUCGAGGUGCCCGAGGUUGAUAUGGACAAGUGCACUCAGUGCAAUACUUGUUCCAUGGCAUGCCCUCACGCUGUCAUCAGGCCAUUCCUUCUCUCCCAGUAUGAGGUUGAUAACAAGCCUGCUGCCUUUGAUACUAGAGCCGCCAAGGGUGGUGCCGAGGUUGCCGGUCUUCACUACAGGAUCCAGGUCUCUCCUUAUGACUGCACUGGUUGUGAAGUCUGUGUCAACGCCUGCCCUGAUGAUGCUCUUUCUAUGAAGCAUUUGGCCGAUGUGAUAGAGACCUCAGGCAAGAACUGGGAGUAUGCUAUGGGUCUUCCUGAUCGCUCUGCGAGGUUUGAUACCACCUCUCUGAGGGGUAGUCAGUUCCAUCAGCCUCUGCUAGAGUUCCACGGUGCCUGCGCUGGUUGUGGUGAAACUCCUUAUGUUCGUCUUCUUACCCAAAUGUUCGGUGACCGCAUGAUGAUUGCUAACGCCACUGGUUGCUCUAGUAUCUGGGGUGCUCCUUACGGUUCUACUCCUUACGCUACCACUCCUGAUGGACGUGGUCCCGCCUGGGCUAACAGUCUGUUCGAAGAUGCCGCCGAGUUCGGUAUGGGUAUGGCUGUGACCACUGCCGUUCGUCGUAAGGCUCUUAAGGCUCGUGUUCAGGAGAUGCUCCUCGAGGGCAGGGAUAGUCCGAUGUCGCCUGAGUUGUACACUCAGUUGAACCAGUGGGUUGAGAACUUCAGCAAUCCCAAGGUCUGCGAUGCUCUCUCCAAGUCCAUUCCUAAGCUCCUUGCCGCUGAGGCUAGCAACGAUUCUGCUAUCGAGGAGCUCCUUGGCAUGUCCGACCUGCUCCCCAAGAUCUCUAACUGGAUCAUCGGUGGUGAUGGCUGGAGUUAUGAUAUCGGUUACGGUGGACUCGAUCAUGUCUUGGCUUCCGGUCAGGAUUUGAACGUUCUGGUUUUGGAUACUGAGGCCUACUCCAACACUGGUGGUCAGAAGUCCAAGUCCACUCCUAUUGGUGCUGUUGCCAAGUUCGCCACUAUGGGUCACGAUGUCGAGAAGAAGAAUCUCACUGAGAUGGCUAUGUCUUAUGGCACUGUGUACGUCGCCAGUGUUUCCAUGGGCGCCAACUAUCAGCAGACCUUGAAGGCUUUCUCUGAGGCUGAGGCUUAUGAGGGCUCCUCUCUGGUUGUUGCAUAUGCACCUUGCAUUGAGCAUAAGAAUAUCGAUGGUAUGAGUCACACUAUGCAGCAUCAGUACACUGUCGCCAACUCUGGCUACUUCCCUCUGUUCCGUUACAACCCAGCUUUGAAGCACAUGGGCAAGAACCCCUUCCUUCUCGAUACUAAGAAGCUUACUCUCAGCGUUGACGAUGUCAUCACUCAUGAGAUGCGUUUCGGUGCUCUGAAGAAGCGUGAUGCUGAUAAGUACAAUGCUUGUAUGAAGGAGAUGACUCAGUGGGUCGGUGCUCGAUACCAGAAGUACCGUGGAUGGGCCGCCGCUGGAGAGGAGAUCUCUGAGGGUGUGCCGCUGACUCUUCUAUAUGGUACCGAGACCGGUACUGCCGAGGCCUUGUCUUAUCGUGUUGCUGAGUUGGCCCGUCAGCGUGGUUAUGCUGUGAAGGUGAUGCAGUGUGACGAGAUGGACGUCAGCGAGCUCCCUGAGCAUAAGAACCUUAUGGUCCUCUGUUCUACCACUGGGGAGGGUACCACUCCUAGGACUGCUCUUGACUUCACUUCGCAAUUGCAAUCUGCUGUUAAGGACAACUCCAAUGCUCAUUUGUUGGACGGUGUCCAAUACAGCGUCUUCGCCUUGGGUGAUUCAAGUUAUCAUCACUUCUGCACUGCUGGCAAGAGAAUCGACGAUCUGUUCGCUCAGUUGGGCGGUGAGAGAACUGUUGCUAUCGGUCUUGGUAACGAUCAGGAUGAUGACAAGUAUGAGACUGCCUUCGAGGACUGGAUGCCGAGUUACUGGAAGUCUGUGAAUGCUCCUGAGCCUGUUGAUGACGGAUCCAUUCCCGACUCUCAGUUCGAGGUCCGUGAGCUCGACUCUGACGAAGCCGUGGUUGCUCCUUACGAGAGGAUCAUGCCUCCUCAAACUAUUCAGCUUGGUUUGACGAAGAACGAUCGUCUUACCCCCAGCGACUACGAGAGGGAUAUUCGUCAUUUGCGCUUCGAAUUGGAGGAUGGUCAGGAUCUUCCCUACCUUCUUGGUGAUGUCCUCAACAUUCACCCCAUGAACGAGGCUGGCAGGGUUAGUGCCUUCCUUCAGUCUUAUGGUCUCAACCCCACGGAGAUGGUCAAGAUCACCCCUGUGUCCGAGAAUAUUGAUGCUCGCAAGCGUGCUGCUGCUCUCCGUCCUCGUACCAUCUCACAGCUCUUCGAGGAGUCUUUGGAUAUCUUCGGUCGUCCCAACAGGGCUUUCUACAAGUCUCUGUCUAAGUUCGCUGAGGAUCCCAAGGAGAAGGCUGAGUUGGCGUUGAUCGGCGACUCCGAUGAUACCAAGGGUCGUGAUAUGUACACCAAGCUCGCUGCUGAGACUGUGACCUUCGCUGAUGUUCUCAAUAAGUACACCAGUGCUCGUCCUUCUCUUGAUCAGUUGAUCACUCUCAUCCCUUGCACCAAGCCUAGGCUCUAUUCCAUUGCUAGUUCCCCGAGGUUCGUUGGUCCUAAGGCCAUCGAGCUUGCUGUUGUGAUUCUCAAUUGGACUACUCCCUCUGGUGUCAAGAGAACUGGUACUUCCACGGAGUACAUUCAGCGCAUCGCUCCUGGUUACAAGGUUACCGCUACCGUUACAUCUGGUAGUUUCAAGUUCCCUGAGAGCCCGAUGACACCUAUGAUCAUGGCUGGUCUUGGUACUGGUCUUGCUCCCUUCCGCGCCUUCUCUCAAGAGCGUGCUUGGAUGAAGCGUCAAGGCAUCGAGACUGGUCCCAUGUGGCUCUUCUAUGGUUGCCGUCAUCAGAACAAGGACUACAUCUUUGGUAACGAGCUCGAGAGCUUCGUUGAGGAGGGUGCCAUCACUGAGCUUCAUCCCGCAUUCUCGCGUGACCAGAAGGAGAAGGUCUAUGUGCAGAACAAGAUCGAUGAUAACAGCUCUCGUGUCUAUGAGGACCUCAUCAAGAAGGGUGGUUACUUCUAUCUUUGCGGACAGGCUGGUCAAGUCGAGUUGGACAUUAAGACCGCUAUUUACCGUGCUAUCGCUGCUGGUGAAGGUAUCUCAAUCGAGAAGGCUAAGGAGAUGUUCGAAAAGCUUGCUGAGGAAGGACGUUACUGCCCUGAAGUAUACUAA